AUGUAUCGUAAAUUGUUAUCACCUUCAAAAUCGAUUCUCAACAGAUGUAUAGUUUCAGCAAGUUCAUCAUCAGUUAAAUCAACAGCAAAACCUAUAUCAUCUAAAACUCAAUCGAUUAUUGAUCGUGAAACACGUUUCGGAGCAGCAAAUUACCAUCCAUUACCUGUCGUUAUUCAACGUGGAUCAGGUCCAUUUGUAUGGGAUAUAGAUGGAAAUCGUUAUUAUGAUUUUCUUUCGGCUUAUUCAGCUGUUAAUCAAGGACAUUGUCAUCCGAAAAUUCUUGAAGUAGUAAAAAAACAAGGUGAAAAAUUAACAUUAACGUCUAGAGCUUUUCAUAAUGAUGCCCUCGGUGAAUUUGAAGAGUAUGCAUGUAAACUUUUUGGUUAUGAUAAAUUAUUACCAAUGAAUACCGGUGUCGAAGGUGGAGAGACAGCUAUUAAAUUAGCACGUAAAUGGGCAUAUAAUGUUAAAGGCACACCAAAGAAUGAAGCUAUUGUACUUUUUGCUGAAAAUAAUUUUUGGGGUCGUACAUUGGCGGCUGUAUCAAGUUCAACAGAUCCAUCAUGUUAUGAAGGUUAUGGACCAUAUAUGCCUAAUUUUAAAAUCAUUCCAUAUAAUAAUUUAAAAGCAUUAGAAGAAGCAUGCAGAGAUAAUCAUGUAUGUGCAUUUAUGGUUGAACCUAUUCAAGGUGAAGCUGGUGUAUUUGUUCCUCAUGAUGGUUACCUAGCUGGUGUUCAACAUAUUUGUAAGAAACAUAAUGUUCUUUGGAUUGGUGAUGAAAUUCAAACUGGUCUUGGUCGAACUGGAAAAUUAUUGGCAAGUGAUCAUGAAAAUGUUCGACCUGAUAUUCUUAUUCUUGGUAAAGCGUUAGCUGGUGGUUUCUAUCCAGUAUCAGCUGUUUUAGCACAGGAUAAACUUAUGAAUGUAUUUACACCCGGUACACAUGGCUCAACAUUUGGUGGAAAUCCAUUAGGUGCUCGUAUUGCUGUUACUGCUCUCAAAGUUUUAAUCGAAGAAGGAAUGAUUGAAAAUGCUGCUCGAAUGGGUGAAUUAUUACGUGAAGAAUUAAAUCGAUUACCAAAAGAUAAAGUUAAAAUAGUUCGCGGUAAAGGUUUACUUAAUGCCAUUGUUAUUGAUUCACGAUAUGAUGCAUGGGAACUUUGUUUACAUUUACGUGAUCAUGGUCUUUUAGCAAAACCAACUCAUGGUGAUAAAAUACGUUUUGCUCCACCAUUGAAUAUAACAAAAGAGCAAGUGCUUGAAUGUUGUUCAAUUAUUCGUAAGGGUGUUGAUUCCCUUAAUAUUAGCAGCAAUUCAAAUUGUCCAAAUCGACAAAUGAUCGAAGAAUCUCUUUUCAAAGUGCAUAUUCCAGGUGCAGUCAUUGUUGUUGUCAAUGCUAUCGAUAUACUAUAUGAAGAAGCGUUUGGUUAUCAUUCUCUAUUACCACCAAAACUUAUGAAUGUGAAUGAAUCCAUUUUUUCACUUGCUUCUAUUUCAAAAACCUUUAUUGCUGUUGCUGUUAUGCAAUUAAUCGAAAAAAAACUUGUUGAUCUUGAUACAGAUAUUAAUCAAUAUUUGUCAGAACGAAAUCGAAAAAUUUUUCAUCCAAAUUAUCCAAAUCAUUCGAUUACUUUACGUAAACUACUUUCACAUUCUUCAUCGAUUGCUGUUAAUGAAAAAUUACAGAAUACUGUUUAUCAACUAGGUGAUAGUGUAUUUGCUGAAGAAACUUUAGCUGAUAUGUGUUUCAAAGUUUUGAGUCCUAACACAUCCAAUUGGUUGCCAAGACCACCAGGAAAUGUAACACUUUACUCUAAUGAAGGUACAUCGUUGGCUGCACUUGUUGUUGAACGAAUCACUAAUAUGUCCUAUGAUCAAUAUGUUAGAGAAAUGAUUUUCAAACCAUUAAAUAUUGAUAUUCACAAAACUGGUAUUCGCUUAGCUGAUUUUCCAAACACAGACAAACUCGUUAAACAUUAUGCAUAUGCUAUCAAUGAAUCUUCUUUUGAACAAUAUAACCGAGAAGUACCACAAUUGAAUAUGAUACAAAUGGAGAGUAAUCUUUCAACAUGGUUAUAUUUCCCAUUUUUUGGUUUUAGUAGUUAUCCAGCUGGUCUUUUGCGAAUGUCAGCUUAUUCUUUAUCUAUUUUUCUUCGAAUGUUUAUCAAUAAUGGAUCUUCACUCCUCUCUUCUCAAUCUAUUACUGAAAUGAAAACUGUUGUUGGUAAUGGUCUUAUUCGUCCUUAUAACACGAAUUCGAGUAGUAACUCUACAGAUCAACUUCCGCCACGAAGAUAUGGACUUUGUUGGCAUUGGAGAACACUUAGCAAUGGUCAUCAAUAUGUAGGUCACAGUGGAUGUGUACCAGGCAUGACACAUUUGAUGUUAGUUAAUGAAAAGCAUAAUAUUGGUGUUAUUGUACUUACGAAUGCCGAUACAACUCUACCGAUUAAUUUAACUCGACAGAUUUAUAAUACUAUCGAAAAUAUUCAUGUCGAACUUUUUAAAUGUUUUGAAACUAAUUAUGCUAAUUCAUUCGUAUUGCAUAGAAGAAAUAGUUUCAUUGUAAUUUAUCUUGUUUUCUUAAUUUCUUCUUGUAGUAUUUGA